UAUACCAUCUGUGUUUCCUGGGAACUUGGAGUUGAGUAAAGUGAUUCCAGGUUGGUAAUGUCCUAGAGAAUUUGGCAGAAUUUGGCAGAAGCAAAAAUAUAAAUUAUCUCUAGAAGUUAGCCCCUUCAAACUUGGCUUCGCUUUUUAUUCCCACAGAAAAGACCCGCACUGAACAUCCGAAAACAGAAUCCAAAAUUCCAAAAUACACAGGGAAACAAGAUACCAUAAAUGAAAUCAUCAAAAGUAACAAGUGGCAGAAAUGGAUGUUCAGGAAGUUAAAUUAUGGAAUUAUAGGGAUUUGUAAGUAUGACAAAGAACAGAAGUAUCAAAAUUGAACAAGAAGGUUUUUUUUUUUUUAAAUAGAACGUAUAGAUAUAAAAAAAACAGAUUAGUUGAAUUUGUGAAUUAAGUAGAAGCACUAAACAGCAAAUUAGACUCAGCUAAACAGAGAAUUAAUGAACUGAAAGUUAGACCUGUGGAAUUAUCUGUAAUGAUGCUUAGACACAAAAUUGAAAAAUAUGAAAGCAGAGUUAAGAGCCUGGGGAUGGUCUGAUACUUGUAAUAGGAAUUUCAGAAUUGUGGAAUAGGGAGAUGCAAUAUUCAAACUGAUAAAAGCCAAGACUUUUUCAGAAUUGAUGAAAGACAUGAAUCAUCAGAUUAAAAGCGUAUUCUUCUGACCAGCACAAAUAAAUUUAAACAUAGACUUAGACACAUAGCUCAUUAGUGAAACUGCAGGAAGCAGAUCUAAGACAGCAGGCAGAGGGGGAAGACAGAGUAUCUACAAAGUUAAACUAAUAGUACACUUUUCAGCAAUAAUGGUGGAAGCCGGAAGACAAUGGAAUAAUAUUUUCAAAAUGCUGAAAGAAAAUAACUCAACCUAAAAGUUUAUGUUCUUCUAAACUGUCAGUUAGGAAAAAGAACAAAAUAACAUUUUCAGAAAGAUGAAAAAAAGGCUUCUCUACCAAAAGAUCUUUACUGAAGGAAGAUGUUCUUCAGGAAGGACAGUGGUCCUAGAAGGAAGAGUGGAGGUCCACUAUGGGUGGGUGAGCAGACAAGCUGGUGAGUGCCUGGACUAAUAAGAAUAUGCUGACCAUGUAAAACACAAAUAGUAUCUGCUUUGGGAGGCAGAUAAGAGGAACAACAAGUGAUUAAAUGUGAAACACAGAUAUUAUGUUAAACUAAUUUAAUGUAAGUUGGAAGGAGUUAAGUUCCAGUGAGGGAUGGGAGUGAUGUUGAUUAACUUUAGGCCUUUAGCAUAAAUGUACUUAUUAAAACUCAGAGGCUAGCUUAUAACAGAAUAGAAGUACGGCGCCUUACUUCCAGACCAGAAGUGGCUGAAGUAAUGGAAUUUAAAAAGAUGAUCCAAAGGUGGGAGCAGUAGAGCAAAAACAAGCUUAAACACAGUGGUGGUCAUAAAUGUAGCGGGACUCAAUUCUAGAUCAAAGACAGUGUUCAACUGAGUUGGGAUAAAACAAGAUAUAGAAAGAUUGAAAAUAAAAGUUGGAAAAAGAUAAAUUGGGAAAAUAGUACCAGAAUUGUCAUAUAGCUGUGUUAGUGUCACAUAAAGUAGACCUUCUGGCAAAGAACAAACAAACAAAUGAAAGUACUGUGUAAUAAGAAAAGUUUAAUUGGAAUAUGUAAAAAUUUCUGUAACCCAAAGGAAAAACAGCCCAGCAGAAAAAUGGGAAAGGAUGUGAACAGGCAGUUCUCAGAAGGGGCUGGUAAACACAACCAUGAUUCUUACAAGCAGCCGGGAAAUGGGGAUCGAAACCAUGAUGUCUGACUUCCCCCGACCAGGUUCUGGGCGCGGGGAGGCUGAGACGCGGGAGUGCAUCUACUACAACGCCAACUGGGAGCUGGAGCGCACCAACCAGAGCGGCCUGGAGCGCUGCGAGGGUGAGCAGGACAAGCGGCUGCACUGCUACGCCUCCUGGCGCAACAGCUCGGGCACCAUCGAGCUCGUCAAGAAGGGCUGCUGGCUGGACGACUUCAACUGCUACGACAGGCAGGAGUGCGUGGCCACUGAGGAGAACCCCCAGGUGUACUUCUGCUGCUGCGAAGGCAACUUCUGCAACGAGCGCUUCACCCACCUGCCUGAGGCAGGAGGCCCGGAAGUCACGUACGAGCCGCCCCCGACAGCCCCCACCCUGCUUACCGUGCUGGCCUACUCGCUGCUGCCCAUUGGGGGCCUCUCCCUCAUUGUCCUGCUGGCCUUCUGGAUGUACCGGCAUCGCAAGCCCCCCUACGGCCAUGUGGACAUCCAUGAGGACCCUGGACCUCCACCCCCCUCCCCUCUGGUGGGCCUGAAGCCACUGCAGCUGCUGGAGAUCAAGGCUCGGGGGCGCUUUGGCUGUGUUUGGAAGGCACAGCUCAUGAACGACUUCGUGGCAGUCAAGAUCUUCCCGCUCCAGGACAAGCAGUCGUGGCAGAGUGAGCGGGAGAUCUUCAGCACGCCUGGCAUGAAGCACGAGAAUCUGCUGCAGUUCAUUGCCGCUGAGAAGCGCGGCUCCAACCUGGAGGUGGAGCUGUGGCUCAUCACGGCCUUCCACGACAAGGGCUCCCUCACGGAUUACCUCAAGGGGAACAUCAUCACAUGGAACGAACUGUGUCACGUGGCAGAGACGAUGUCCAGAGGCCUCUCAUACCUGCACGAGGACGUGCCCUGGUGCCGUGGCGAGGGCCACAAACCGUCUAUUGCCCACAGGGACUUUAAAAGCAAGAAUGUAUUGCUGAAGAGUGACCUCACGGCCGUGCUGGCUGACUUUGGCCUGGCUGUUCGGUUUGAGCCAGGGAAACCUCCGGGGGACACUCAUGGGCAGGUGGGCACGCGGCGGUACAUGGCUCCUGAGGUGCUCGAGGGAGCCAUCAACUUCCAGAGAGACGCCUUUCUGCGCAUAGACAUGUACGCCAUGGGGCUGGUGCUGUGGGAGCUCGUGUCCCGCUGCAGAGCUGCCGACGGACCUGUGGACGAGUACAUGCUGCCGUUUGAGGAAGAGAUCGGCCAGCACCCGUCACUGGAGGAGCUGCAGGAGGUGGUCGUGCACAAGAAGAUGCGGCCCGCCAUCAAGGAUCACUGGCUGAAACACCCGGGCCUGGCCCAGCUCUGUGUGACCAUCGAGGAGUGCUGGGACCAUGACGCGGAGGCUCGCCUGUCCGCGGGCUGCGUGGAGGAGCGGGUGUCCCUGAUCCGGAGGUCCGUCAACGGCACUACCUCGGACUGUCUUGUCUCCCUGGUGACCGCUGUCACCAAUGUGGACCUGCCUCCGAAGGAGUCGAGCAUCUAAGCCCAGGACACGAUGGAUCUCCAGACUCAAUGGAUCUGAAGAGGAAAGGAAAAAAAAAAAGUUGUGUUUUGUUUUGGAAAUCCCAUAAUACCAACAAACACAUAAAA